CAAAAACUAAUAAUGGCGGUUGUUUUUUACUGAUUGAUUGAAGUAAAGAGCGAAACUGAGACGAGGAGAGCUCUUCUUCUUUCCUAAGCUGAGCUGCGCUUGUAAAUGCUCGAUUCCUGCUCGAAAUCUCGGUGUCUGGAGCUAGUUUGCUGCUUCUGAGGUGGAGAUCUGCGGUGUUUAGGGUUUGAUUUGGUUUUCGUCUGAAGAAAGGGCUUGAUUUAGGGUUUUGGAAGUGGUAUGCUCGUUUUCAGUUGGCGGGAGCUUGGUCGAGGAGUUGUAGAGUGAGAUCUGAGGACCUAGGGUUUGGAUCGAGGUCAGUUGUGGUGAUUUUGAGGAGAUCCGGUUGUUUCAAUUGAUCGCUGAGGUUUCGGUUCAAAUGCUUGAGCUCUGUACUCGCCGCUUUCUCUGAGUUCGAAGGGAUUCCUUUUCUUUGUGAAAUUUGUCGUACUUUCGUUUGUCUGGAGUCCGUACUUGAAGUUGGAGCAGCGAAUUUAACGGAUAAAAUCGAGGGCUAGGGAUUGGAGAGUGAAGGAUUUUGAAAUGAAAGUAUUAGAUUCUUCAGGUACUAAUUUGGAAGAGAAUGAUUUUAAUAGGCAUGAUUGUAUCUUUCUCUAAGAGAGAGGGGGGAAAAGUCGCGGCUUUUUGUUAUAUGGAUUGACCUCUGGUAAAGUUUUCGCUCCUUUGUUGAAGAAAAGGAACAGCUUUGUUAGUUUUGGGGUUUCUUUCUGGAUUAAAGCCUCUUUAGAUUCUUAAAGGAUGAGGCUUUCUUCAUCGGGUAUCGUCAAUCAGCCACAGGAGGGAGAACAAAGGUGUCUGAAUUCUGAAUUAUGGCAUGCAUGUGCUGGGCCACUUGUAUCAUUACCUGCUGUAGGCAGUCGGGUUGUGUACUUUCCUCAAGGUCACAGCGAGCAGGUAUCUGCAUCCACCAACAAGGAAAUUGAUGCACACAUCCCCAAUUACCCGAGUUUACCUCCUCAGCUGAUUUGUCAGCUUCAUAAUGUAACCAUGCAUGCAGAUGUAGAGACUGAUGAGGUUUAUGCGCAAAUGACAUUGCAACCUUUGAACCCGCAAGAGCAGAAGGAUCCCUACCUCCCAGCUGAGUUGGGUACUCCUAGUAAACAACCCACCAACUAUUUUUGUAAGACAUUGACUGCAAGUGACACAAGUACUCAUGGUGGAUUUUCUGUUCCUCGUCGGGCAGCAGAGAAAGUGUUCCCUCCGUUGGACUUCUCCCAGACGCCUCCUGCACAAGAGUUGAUUGCAAGGGACCUUCAUGACAAUGAAUGGAAAUUUCGUCACAUUUUUCGAGGUCAGCCAAAGAGGCACCUUCUCACAACAGGAUGGAGCGUGUUUGUAAGUGCAAAGAGGCUUGUUGCAGGUGAUUCAGUGCUCUUCAUCUGGAAUGAUAAUAACCAGUUGCUGCUGGGUAUUCGGCGUGCGAGUCGUCCACAAACUGUUAUGCCUUCAUCAGUAUUAUCCAGCGAUAGCAUGCACAUCGGCCUUCUUGCUGCAGCAGCUCACGCUGCUGCUACAAACAGCCGUUUUACUAUAUUUUAUAACCCAAGGGCGAGCCCUUCAGAGUUUGUCAUACCACUGGCCAAGUAUGCAAAAGCAGUUUAUCACACUCGUGUCUCUGUGGGGAUGCGUUUCCGCAUGCUUUUUGAAACUGAAGAAUCAAGUGUUCGCCGUUACAUGGGGACGAUAACCGGGAUAAGCGAUCUGGAUCCAGUCCGUUGGCCAAAUUCACAUUGGCGUUCCGUGAAGGUUGGUUGGGAUGAGUCCACUGCUGGGGAAAGGCAGCCAAGGGUAUCACUUUGGGAGAUUGAGCCACUGACAACAUUCCCAAUGUACCCGUCCCCUUUCCCCCUCAGACUAAAGCGCCCUUGGCCAUCAGGUCUGCCUUCUCUUCAUGGUGGAAAAGAUGAUGAACUUGGCUUGAAUUCUCCACUUAUGUGGCUUCCCAACGGUGAUCGAGUAAUGCAAUCCUUAAAUUUCCAAGGUCUUGGAAUGGCGCCUUGGAUGCAGCCCCGGCUUGAUCCUUCUAUGCUCGGUCUACAGCCAGACAUGUAUCAAGCAAUGGCUGCAGCAGCGCUUCAGGAAAUAAGAACUGAUCCCUCAAAACAGGCAGCUCCUGCAUUACUGCAAUUCCAGCAACCUCAAACAAUAACCAGCAGAUCCACUCCCUUACAGAGUCAGAUUCUACAACAAAUGCAAUCUCAGUCUCAGCAAGCUCUCCUUCAGUCCCUCCAAGAAAGCCAUUCUCAUAACCAAAGUCAGACUCAAUUCCUUCAGCAUCAGUUGCAGCAUUCCCACUCGUUUAGUGAUGCUCAGCAGCAGCUGCAGAUGCCACCACCUCAGCAGCAACAUGAGCAGCAGCAAUUACAACAGCAGCAACAGCAGAGACUGCAGCAAUUACAACAGCAUCAGCAGCAACAAUUACAGCAGCAGCAGCAACAAUUGCAACAGCAGCAGCAGCAGCAGCAGAAUCACUUGCAACAACAUCAGCAGCAGCAGAACCAAUUGCAACAGCAACAACAGCAGAAGCAGCAGAACCAAUUACAACAGCAGCAUCAGCAACAGAAUCAAGUACAGCAGCAACGCCAGCCUAGCCAUCAACAAACACCUAACGUAGUUUCAGCUCUAUCUCAGCUACCUUCGACUUCUCAGUCCCAACCUUCAACCCUGCCAAUAGUAUCUACAUUCAGCCAGCAGAAUUUCUCAGACACCAACAGUAACCCAGUAUCCACAUCUGGUGUUCCUCCCCUGCACAACAUUCUGCCUUCAUAUUCACAUGAAGAAACAUCAAAUAUUCUCAGCAUACCAAGAAGUAGCCAAUUGUUCAACUCCGGUGUGUGGCCAUCUAAGCGACUAGCUGUUGAGUCCAUGCUUCAUUCUGGGGCUCAAUCAAUUCAGGCCCAGGUCGGACAGUUAGGCUCUACCCAACCGAAUAUUUCUAGCAACUCCUUUGCAUUGCCACCAUUUCCAGGAAGGGAAUGCUCAUUUGAGCAGGAAGGUAGCACUGAUCAACAAAGCCGCCAGCUUUUUGGUGUCAAUAUAGAUUCCUCGUCUCUCUUAAUGCAGAAUGGCAUGCCAAGCCUCAGGACAGUUGGCAGUGAGACUGAUUCAACAAACAUAUCCUUUGCUAAUGGAAAUUUUCUAGGCACCACAGGAACUGAUUUCCCAUUGAACCAGGCACUGAUGAGUUCAAGUUGCAUAGAAGAAUCAGGACUGUUGCAAUCUCCGGAGAAUGUGGAUCAAGUUAACUCACAAAGUGGUACUUUCGUAAAGGUUUACAAAGCUGGGUCCUUUGGGAGGUCACUAGAUAUUACCAAAUUCAACAGUUAUCCUGAGCUCCGGAGUGAGCUUGGGCAUCUGUUUGGCCUCGAAGGUCAGUUGGAAGACCCUAUGAGAUCAGGCUGGCAGCUUGUAUUUGUCGAUCGGGAGAAUGAUGUUCUUCUGGUCGGCGAUGAUCCCUGGCAGGAGUUUGUCAAUAACGUUUGGUGCAUAAAAAUACUUUCACCUCGAGAAGUGCAACAGAUGGGGAAAGAAGGCGAUGAACUUCUGAAUUCAGUUCCAAUGAAAAGGCUCUCUAGCAACAACUGUGUACGACAGACUACAUAAUUAGGCAGGGUCUAGAAACUCACGUCCAAUUGCAUCAGUGUCUGUGCGGGUCUUCAUACUAACUGAGAAGACGCAGAAGAAAAUCACAAAUCAGAAGGAUCCGCCUCGGGCUACUGGAGAGCGUCCAGUAAGUUUAAGUUAGCCUCAUGUCUAAUAACUGUAUCAUAUCAAUCUAUGUACCCUCAUAUGACCUUGUUAUACAAUGCCGACACGGAUUGUUAGAGGACUGUGGAAUUCUACACUCUUUUUUCUGCAUGAAUUCCAACUUUUACUUAGCACAACUGGAGCUUGUUUCCAAGGUUGAUUGCAGUUUGCAGGUACAUCAUGUAUUGUACCAUAGAGGCACUUAUUAUCCCCAACCUCUUUUUUAUUAGCAUUUAGACUUCAUGAUGCUCGAAUGGAGUUGUCUCUGGUAUUUUUAUCUGUACGUUGGGAGGUGUUUGUUUAAUACCCACGAGAGAAUAGGGGAUGACGGCUGUUCAUUGAAAUA